AAAUCGGAGCAAUGCUUCGACCUACAAAAUUCACCAGACCUUCCCUAGCCCUCCUCCACUUCCACUUCCACUUCCAGUCCUUAACCGCCGCCGCCGCCGCUGCUGUUGCGCCGCCAAACCCUCGAACCCAGAUCGACGAAGCCCACCUCCUUCGAGUCUGCACAAUCCUCUACCAACAGCAAAAUUCUCCCGACGCAAAGCUGCACUCCAAUCUCAACAAAACCCAAUUCCAUCUAACCCACGAAUUCUUUCUUCAAGUCUGCAACAAGUUCCCCUAUUCAUGGCGGCCCGUCUACAAAUUCCACCAAUUCUCCGCCUCCCACCCGCACUUCGCCCACACCGCCACCACCUUCAACAAGAUCCUCGACGUCGUCGGAAAAUCAAGAAACCUCGAUCUCUUCUGGCCCCUCUGCAGAGAAGCAGGCGAGCGCCGCCUCGUCAAUGUCAAGACCUACAUAAUCGCGCUGCGCACGUUAGCCGCCGCGAGGGAGUUGAAGAAAUGCGUCGAGUUCUUCCAUUUGAUGAAUGGUUUUGGGUAUGAGUAUAAAGUCGAGAUCUUUAACGCCGUGGUUGAGGUUUUGUGUAGGAACAAGCUUGCUGAUGAGGCGAAGCAUGUUGUGGUGAAGUUGAGGGAUUGGAUUAGGCCGGAUUCGGAUACCUAUAGGUGGUUGAUUCAUGGGUUUUGUGACGUGGGAGAUUUGGUCGAGGCUUCGAAGCUGUGGAAUUCGAUGGCGGAGGAGGAUGGUUUGGAGCCCUGUGUUGAAGUGGUGGAGUUGAUGUUGGAGGGUUUGUUCAAGAGCAAUAGGUUUGGUGAAGCAUUGAAGCUUUUUCAAUUGAUGAGGGUGAGGAGGGUGGAGAGUUUGGGGCUGUCGACGUAUCGCCUUGUGAUAGAGUGGCUGUGUAGGAAGGGGAAAAUGGGGGAGAGUUAUGUGGUUUUUGAGGAGAUGAAGACGAGGGGGAUUGAGCCGGACAAUGAGAUACUAGGAUGGAUAGUGUAUGGGCUUAUGAGUAGGGGGAGAGUGAGGGAGGCUUAUGGAGUGUAUCAAAGAGUGGAGAAUGGGGAUUUGUGUGUGUACCAUGGGAUGAUCAAGGGGCUGUUGAAGUUGAAGAAGGCGGGGGAGGCGACAGAGGUGUUUAGGGAGAUGGUGAGGCGGGGGUGUGAGCCCACAAUGCACACAUACGUGAUGCUGCUGCAGGGGCAUUUGGGGAGGCGGGGGCGGAGAGGGGAGGAUCCAUUGGUGAACUUUGAUACAAUUUUCGUUGGGGGGUUAAUCAAAGCGGGGAAAUCGUUGGAGGCGACUAAGUAUGUGGAGAGAGCGAUAAAUAGAGGUGUUGAGGUGCGAAGGUUUGAUUACAACAAGUUCUUGCAUUACUUCUCUAAUGAGGAAGGUGCGGCGAUGUUUGAGGCUAUGGCUGUGAAGUUGAGGGAAGUUGGCUUGUUUGAUUUGGCCGAUAUAUUAGCUAGGUAUGGGGAGAAGAUGGCCACGAGAGAUCGAAGAAGAAACAGAGCAAAUCAGUCUGUUGAAGAAGACCUUUCACUUGCAUCAUAUCCUCCUCUGUAA